AUGUCCCUAUCAUCUUUUCGUUCCUUUGUACCCAUUUGGCACCACCGUGCUCCCAACCACCGGAGCUUGGGCCUCUUUGACGUCACGCAGCGUAUGAGGUUGCCGCCGCCUCUCAAAUGCUCCGCCGCAGAACCCGACCAGGAAACCAAGGUGUUCCUCUUCCUUUGGUUGGGAUGGUGGCGUAUGGCUUGGUUGCGGCGCUUGGUCUGCAAUUGGCCACAAAGAAGAUGUUGCUUUUGGGAUUGGAAUACAUACAUUUAUUCUGAACCAUUAUGGGCAAUGGUCCAGCACCAUUUUCUGAUAUUGGCAAAAGGACAAAAGGUAAACCUGAACUUAACUUCAUUCCACACAUCUUUAAGAUUAUUGUGUGAAGCAUUUGACACCUACCCAAGAACCUAUGAUAAUGUUUAUGUGUUGGAUUUCAAGACAUUGCCAAGGCAAUGGGGUGGCAAGUCACAUUGA